AUGGCCAACGGGACGCAGUACAACAGGGCAUACUACUUAGCCGAUGGGAUAUACCCUCGUUGGCCCGUGUUUGUCAAGACUAUCCGGCAGCCGGUUGGGCCGAAACAAUUCUAUUUCGCGGCCAAACAAGAGAGUGCUAGAAAGAAUGUUGAGCGUGCUUUUGGUGUCCUCCAAGCGCGAUGGGCCAUUCUACGGUGCCCGAUUCGACAAUGGCACGAAAAUGAUGUCGCCUCCAUUAUGUAUGCAUGUAUCAUAUUGCACAAUAUGAUAAUAGAUGACGAAGGAUAUUCUGCAGAGAACUGGGCACCGGAAGAGGGUGCUAGUACGAGUCACGGUAUUGCAACCGCCCCACUGCAGAUGGGUGUACCGCGUAGUAAUGCAUACUUGAUCCAACGGUUCGCCGAUAUGCGGAGGGAAACAUCACAUACGACACUGCAGGCUGAUAUGAUCGAAGAGGUUUGGAAUCGUAGGGGAGGAAGGGGUAGAGCGUGA